GUUCAGGACGGCCAUCACCAAUUCCUCCACCCACCCGCCACUACCCGCAUCGCACUCGCCGUCGGACCACUCCCGAGCACGAAUCGUCCAAGAUGCCGGCACCUACCAACACGCUCCUGAUCGAGGGCACCUUUGAGGAGCUCGUCGACGAACUCGCACAGUACAUUGACGCUUUGAAGAAGUCGCAGGGCGACGAGGCCGCCGCGCUCCAGUCGGAAUGCGCUCAGUUGCUGGAGGAGAACCACAAGGAUGAGGUGCUGAAGAAGCUGGUCUCGGGCAGCGCGGCCCUUAACUCGGCGCCGGAGAAGGAGCUCGUGGCGGCAUACAACCUGCUGAUCCACCUGGUCCGGCAAUCGCCAAACGUCAACAUGUACCUGCCGCCCAUCUGCAAGAACGUGUCGAGCCCGAUAACGUCGUCGCCCGGCAACGCCACUGGCCUGUCGCUCUCGAUCCUCCAGACGGUAUUCAACAUCCUGCCCGCGGACAACGACAACCGGUACCACGUGUUCCUGGCGACGCUGCGGGUGGUCAAGUCGUCGGGCAACUUUGAGACGCUGAAGCCGCAGCUCAAGCACAUUGACACGUGGCUGGCGCAGUGGCAGAUGGAAGAGGAGGACAACCGCAAGCUGUACCUGGCCGUGGCGGACGUGGCGCAGGAGGGAGGCGAGGACGAGAUCGCCUACCAGUACCUGAUCCGGGCGCUGCGCAGCAUUCCGAGCGAGUCGGCGUCGACGGACGAGGCGCGGCAGCUGUCGCUGCGGGCGCUGAAGACGGCGCUGACGCACCCGGCGCACUUUGACUUCCAGGACCUGACGGCGCUCGACUCGAUCCAGGCGCUGCGCAAGAGCGACGCGGAGCACUUUGAGCUGCUGGAGAUUUUCACGUCGGAGCUGCUCGAGGAGUUCAACGACUUCAAGGAGUCGCACCCGGAUUUCGUUGAGAAGGAGGCUCUGGACGGCGGCGCGCUCGACCGCAAGAUGCGCCUGCUGACGCUGGCCUCGCUGGCCGCCAGCUCCGGGCAGACGCGCGCGCUGCCGUACGCGCACAUUGCCAAGGCGCUGCAGAUCCCGGACGACGAGGUCGAGCUGUGGGUCAUUGACGUGAUCCGCGCCGGCCUGGUCGAGGGCAAGCUCUCGCAGCUCAACCAGACCUUCCUCAUCCACCGCAGCACGUACCGCGUCUUCGGCGACAACCAGUGGCGCGAGGUCGCCUCGCGCCUCGCCAUGUGGCGCAACUCGCUCGCCGGCGUCCUCACCGUCAUCCGCCAGGAGAAGGAGCGCUUCAUCCUCGAGAAGGAGCAGGAGCUCCGCGACCUCGAUGCUAAGGCUGCGGGCGCCGGCGCCGGCAAUGCGGGCCGCAGGGGACAGGGGCAGCAGCAGCAGCGUGGCGCGGGUGCGGCUCCAGCUGCGGCGCCUGAGGUCGAGGCCGAGUAGGCGUGCUGGGUUGCUGCUUACUUACCUACCUACCUGUAGCUUGAGCGCGAGCGCGUCGACGUGGACCCUGGUUCUGGCUCUGGCUCUCUCAACAGAGGGGGAGGGGAUGGGGGCUAGCGUUGGUUGGGAUGGGAUGGGCUGGGUUGGGGAGGUUUUCAUUUGGUUCCUUUUGCUGUCGGAAUGCAGUUCGAAAAAAUGGUUGCGUUGCGGUGCGGUGCGGUGCGGUGCGGUGGUGCUUGCUUGAUGAUGCUGCGAAAAUGAGCGAGAGAGAGGGAUGCAUGCAUGGGAGAUGGGAUGGGUAAUGCGGCUUGCAAUAAGGACUGGUGGU